AUGUUUGUGAAUAUACUACCGACAGAACAGGACAACUCCGAAGUGGGAAUGUCAGAAUGUGAAUGUGACAGAAGUAGCUCCUCUGCGAUAGGAACACCAACUCGAGACAUUAUUUAUUGGGCUCUAUAUUCGACUGAUCUUUUGUUGAUGAUGUUCAGUUUCAUACUUAAUGUUUUUCUCUCAAUCAUUCUAUUCCAUAGCGUUCUGAAACAUCUUUGUUGCUCCUUCUACAAAGUUAUGCUGGCUUUCGUGGUUACUACAUCCAUCAGCAGUGCCAGCGAUAUACUGUCCACGAUUUAUAUGGAAGGAUUGCGAUAUAAUUCAGAAAUGCAUGGCAAGGUCACACUGCUUAUUUCGCUAGUUGCCUCUUAUUACACGGCUAUGAUCAUUUUUCUACUCGGGCUUAACCGUUUCGCUGCAUUUUGUUCAGCAAAACUCAAUAAUUCUGUCAUGAACAGCAAGAUUCUUUCCUUUCUACUUCUCUUGCUUCUGGGAUUAUCGACAGGUUUCGGUGUCGUGAUAAUCGAAGUGAGCGGCUUUUCAAGAACUUACGACAACAUGAAAGAUAUAAUGAUGCAAAGCGCUCAGAACACUGUCUUGCUUACGAUUUCCAACUACAUUUUCUAUACUAUUCCACUCGUUUCAACAUUGUUUUAUGUCGCUUGCUUCAUUUCGCUGAGGUCAAAACGAUCGCUAGUGCGUGCGGAAACGACCAUAUCUCUUCUAGAUAAUGCGGAAAACAGCACUUUGAAACAAGGAAUUGUCAUCGUUUUUUUCUAUCUGCUGUCACUCGCGAUUCAUAUUUUUCUUCGAUUCCACCCGCCUAUGUAUACAUCCUAUUUUGUUCUGUCUCGUCUCGAAAUUGUAUCAUCAACAGCACCUCAACUUGCAAUUCCGAUUAUUACUCUUAUGUACUCUAGGAGAAUUCGAGAAUACUCUUGGAGCUUGUUAGGAUGUAACCCUCUGCGAAGUUCAUUUGUGAAAUCAAUAAAUGUUGAUCGCUAA